AUGCGCAAGGUCUCAUGGCCAGUUUUGCCACGACGAACAUUUGCAACAUGGCUCGACGAUACAGUGCGUUCGAUCCGCUUCGCUGCGGGCACGGUCCACACAGCUAGAACGGUGGCAAACACUGGGACAUCUCCAAUAAGCACAGCCCAUGACUUGCUGCAAUCAGCGGCAAAUUCACUCUGCACAGCAGCCAAAUCAAUCAGAUCAGCCGCAAACUUGGUGCACGCAAGUUCUCCGAGUAACGACCCAUCUGCUCAAGCGCUCUGCGCCAGACUUCGCUUAUCGGCAAACUGGCUCGCCUCUGCUGCGACGCCACUCCGGUCGUCUCCGCCCUCCAUCCACGACGCUCUUCAAGUAGCUGCUGGUGCUCUUCGGAAGGCUGCGUCUUCUCUAGACACAGAACCCGAACCCCGAACUGAAUCCGAGCCACAAGCGAGUGGCAGCGAAGAAGGAACCCAAACAGUGCAGCAACAAAGUGACGCCAUGGGUAAUACGACGUCUGACCGUGAUCAGAAAAAGAAUGUCGAGCAAGAACAACACGAUAGAAAUAUGCGAGAACUACGGCGCAAACAAAACAAGAAGCUAGAGUCAUCCGAUAGGGAAAGGGAAGAAUUAUCGGAAAAUAAACAAAGCGAGCAAAUAAGCUCUAAGGAUCAAGUUAUGGAAGAACAGGAAACGGAGCAGAAACAAGUAGUUACAACUAUUAAAAUUGAAUUCAGUUCCAUAGAUGAGGACGGCAAAGAACUUGAAAAAGAAACUUCGCCAGGGUGUGAAGAUGAAAACAACAAAGAGGCAAACGAAAAGGACAAUAAUGACUCAAAUAACCAUACAGAGACAGAAAAAAACAUUGAAGAGGAUACUCUGAUUUUGAAUGAGGAUAAUGACUCUGAGCAGCAAAAACAACAUCCGGAAGAAGAAACAGAAAAUCAGGAAAUUUUAGAGCAGGAGGAACAAAAAUAUAAAUUUUCCUUAUUGGAAGACAAUAUUCACUGGGAAACCCCUAACGGCUGCGUUUCCCAACUCCUUGUAAAGCACAAUGGCAGCAAAAAUGCAAUUAAAGCUGACAACAAACCCGUCACACGAACAAGAGAAGAAACUGAGAAGAUUGUCCAGAAACUGCAUGAAGACUUAGUAUCGAAAAAAAUCAGCUUUCAUGAGGCUAUUAUCAGCUACUCAGAUUGUGCGUCUCGGAAAACUCACGGCGUUGUCAUAAAAACUGAGGACGAAGAAGUUUACCACAAGCUCCGAGCGACUGCAGAAUCGUUGAAAUGCAAUGAAGUGAGCGAAAUAUUAGAGACCUGCUACGGUUUCCACAUCUUGUAUUGUAGUAAUUAG